AUGAUGCACGCCACGGACUUGCUCUGUACACUAUGGAGCAAGCAUCGGUUGGCGAUUGUCCUUGUCUUCAUCAGCUAUAUAGCAUUGGUUGGCCUUCUCCGAUACCGCCGCAUGGCGAAGAUCGAGGCCCCGUUCGCACCUGGCAAGAAAGACUUGUCAGAGAUGACGGUAAAAGAAGCACAUUCUAUCCUGAACCAGUUGCAAGAGCUGGAGUUUCCACAUGCUUUUGCUAAAGCUCGUAAAAUGGCUCUAUUGAAGGCUGGAGGUAUCCCGACUAUGUCCAAACUCUUCGCGGUUACCGGCCAAAACAAUAAGCGCAAUUCAGGAAAGCGCGCUGUUGAUACGGAAAUCCUCUUGCGAGAGGUGCAGUCCAAACCUAGGGAUUCUGAUCGCUAUACAUCAGCCGUGGCCAGAAUGAAUUACCUCCAUGCUCGUUACCGUCGUGCCAGCAAAAUAACGGAUAAUGACCUCCUCCAUACUCUGGGUGACGGUCUUGCCGAGAUCCUGAAUGUUGUCGAAAGAGAAGAAUGGCGCGAGCUUACUGAUGUUGAAAAAUGUGCUCUCGGUAUCUUUCACAAAAAUUUGGGAGAAGACAUGGGAAUCCCCUUUGACCCGCUUCCUUCAAAAGCCGAUGGAUGGAAAAAUGGCCUGCACUUUGCGAUCGAAUUGAGAGACUGGACAAUCCAGUAUGAAGAAGAAGUGGCAAAGCCCACGGCGACAAACGACCAAUACGUUCGAGUCUACGUUGAUUCGGCAUUGUCAUCACUUCCUGGGUUCAUACGAACAAGUGUGCGAGAGAUGCUAGGUAAUGACUUGGACGAUGUGAUGAGAACGAGCCUUUGUCUUGAAUCCCCAGGCCCAGUCCUCUGGCUCCUACUGGCCCUCAUCCGAGAAACACGAAAAGUCUACCUCCGAUAUCUUGCACUUCCACGGUCCUCGUCCAGUGCUGUUAAACUAGUACACGACAUGCCAAACCCAGAGACGCGUCUUUAUAAUUUCCAAAGAAAAACCCUUCAGCCCUGGUACGUCCGACCGACGUUCUGGUCAAGAUGGGGACUCGGCGCGUUGCUGGUUAGAGUGCUGGGAGGAAAGGUGCCCGGGUCGCGAGGAGACCGAUACCAACCAGGAGGAUACGACUUGAUGACGAUCGGGCCGGAUCCACAGAAGGAGCAUGGAGCGGAGGAGAUGAGAUCGGAUAUCGAGGUAAUCAAAGGGAGAGGUGUGGCUACAUGCCCGUUCUCACAGGCGAAGUCGGGUCACUUCGAGUGA